UUUCACCCUCUUUCUUGCUUCUCGUCGCGUCAAAUUUUUGACCCAGAAAAUCUCGCUGCUUUCUCCUCCUCCUUUGCCCACAAUACCAGAGGGGUAAGGGGAAGCUUUGAUUCUGUCUAUGCCUCCCCAAGUCGCUGCUGCUCACUGGUUUUCUCUCUUGUAGCGCCGCAAACUUCUGUUCACUGUCACUGAACCGCUUCUCCUCUCCCUUUCAGCAUUCUGAAGAGCAAUUUUCUCACGCCUGGGAACACUUUAAUUCACCUUAAGCAGAGGAACCUCUCUGCAACUGUUCACAACCUACAGUCCUUCAGACAUUGCUAAAGCUCAAUUUGGAUCUUCAAUCGGAGGCAGGUUGACAUCACGUCAGGACGAUACUGCAGUGCCUUUUCGAAGAAAAAGCUCUCCGGCUAUAUAAAGGAGAAAACAUUGAGCACUAGGAAGAGCAGAACAUAUACUGGGGCACAAGAAAGUCUUGGCUGCAUUUCAAUGGCAUCCUUAUUUAAUAAAUUUCAAGAGUUUGUGAAAGUUCUUGCAAAAAGUCCAACAUUUGCUAGAGAUCCAAGGCAACUACAGUUUGAAGCAGACAUGAAUCGCCUCUUUCUAUAUACUAGCUACAAUCGUUUGGGGCGAAAUGCUGAAGAAGCAGAUUUGGAGGAGAUAAUUGACAUGGCUAGUAAGGCUUCUGUUGCUGACCAACAGAAGCAAGUCCAAGAAAACAUCCAUUCUCAAAUCAGACGUGUUUGUUCAUCUAUGGAUAAAAUUCUUGAGGUGAAAACAGAUGAGCGACUUGAAUCAGGUUCACAAUCAAAUGUUGCUCCUAGACGAAGUGGCCUUAGUUUUGCUGUUGGUGGGAAUAACCUCCGAAGUGAUCAGCCUGUCUUCCCUGAGACAAGGCCAUUAAGUCGCUCUGAACUCUCGCGGAGAUUAAAGGAUUUCAUUGGUUAUACACUUGAUGUAAAAGCAUCUCAAAUACCUCACAAAGAAGCCGGGCAAGGUUUAUUUUUAGAUGGUGAAGCUGAUGUUGGUGCUGUGGUAGCUUUCUACCCUGGUGUGAUAUAUUCCCCAGCUUGUUACCGUUACAUUCCUGGGUACCCAAGAGUUGAUGCACAGAAUCCUUAUUUGAUCACAAGGUAUGAUGGGACUGUAAUCAACCCUCAGCCAUGGGGUUUGGGGGGUGAAACUCGUGAAGUCUGGGAUGGCUUAACAGUGCCAAAUAUCAGACCCUCGGACAGUGAAGGCACUGGAUCUGAGAAAGGUUCAGACAGGUUCUGGAAGUUACUCAGUAAGCCUCUGGAAAACCCCGAAGGCCUACAUAGUGUUGAAGUAUCGGAGAGAAGAAAUCCACUUGCUUUGGCGCAUUUUGCCAACCACCCUGCAAAAGGUAUGGAGCCUAAUGUCAUGAUUUGCCCAUAUGACUUCCCAUUGACUGAAAAGGAAAUGAGAACUUAUAUUCCAAACAUUUCAUUUGGCAAAGAAGUAAAUAUGAGGAGGUUUGGGAGUUUUUGGUUUAGAUCAUGGAGUUCAAGAAAUAGUGGGUCAGCAGUUCCUACAAUAAAGACUCUGGUUCUUGUGGCUACAAGAGCACUUUGCAACGAGGAAGUGCUUUUAAACUAUAGGUUGAGCAACUCAAAGAGACGGCCUGUAUGGUAUACUCCAGUGGAUGAAGAGGAGGACUGCAGAAGAUGGAGUUAGAUCAAUGAAGGCUUAAUCAAGUCUUUAACCCAUAAUGUUUUGAUUUCUUUCUUGAGAGUCAUCGAUUUCCAGGGAAUUGGUUAGGUUAGAUUCCUGAAUCUUCAGGAAUGAGGUGCUUCAGAUUUUGGCUCUUAUCAAUAAGAGAUUUUGUUUGGAAACUCCUGACUUUACGACACAUCAAAACGAACAAACAAAAGUAAUUUCUCUGAUAUUCGGCAUGAGAAUUUUGUUAAUUAUAGUUCUGGAGCCAGGUGAAAAUAUGAAUCUACUGGGAUUAGUAAGUUCAGUUAAUAAAAACUAGGAAGGCCAAGGCUUGAGAAGCA